AUGGACACAACGACAGAUAAACCAGCAAAAGAUACACCGGCACCACCACAAGCCACAAAACGAAAAGCCAAUGACACCAAUACCCCCACAAUCCAAUUCACAUCUCGAAAUCCACCAUGGACCUACCUAAAGCUUCAGCUUAUUCCGCAACCUGGCUCCUUAUCUACACAGCCCUUUGACGCGCUCUCCGCCCGUACAUACCUCUCCUCCGCGCUAUCACAAUACCUAGGACUCACAGGUACUGCUAUCCCGAUCGAUAUCCUCAAAGUCGAGGGGGCUUCGUCAGCCGAGGAUACGCAAAAUACCUCCUCGACCACUACUCGGAAUAAAAGCUUUGUUUGGAUCCGUGUACCUCGCGAUGAUGGAGCGGCUGUUGUGGCUGCGUUGAGCUCUUGGAUUAGUGGUGGUGGUGGUGGUGGGAGCGGGAGCGGGAGCGGAGCAACUUUUGCAUGGAGGAUCUGCGCGAAGGGGAAUUACCUUGGUGCUUUGGUUGCGGGGUCUGGACGGGACUUGUUCGUUCCUUAG